ACUUAUGUUUACCAAGGUCUGCUUAGAAAUACUAAAAAAUUGUCACAACCACCCACCAAAUGCCUCUGUUCUUGAAACGUAGGCCUACCCCAAUCAUUUUUUUAUUCUUCUAAUUUGUUUUCUAGUGGCUGGUUCUUUGGGAGUAAUGAGCACAAGAUUCCAAAACUAUGUUAAAGUGAUUCAAAUUGCAAUUUGUGAAGUUGCAUGUUCGACGCAUUCACAUUCUCCCACAAACACAGUUUAAUAAUAGUAGAUCUAUCUACCUUCCUCUUACUGCAACACCAAACCAGUGUCAUAAUAUAGUCAACUUGCAUGUGCAUAGCAUUCAGUCCAAUAUCUGAGCUUUCAUUCGUUCUAGCUUUUCAAAUGGCUGAAUCUCUACUUCAAAUGGUGAUUGAAAACUUGCAAGCUUUUGUUCAGGACGAGCUUGCAACUCUUUGGGGCGUCCACUCUCAGAUUCAAGAGCUGUCAGGGAACCUUGCUGCAAUCCAUGCAGUGGUCCAAGAUGCUGAAGAGAAGCAGAUCAGAGAGCGUGCUGUGAAGCUUUGGCUGCAGAAGCUUUCAGAUGCAGCACACGUGCUUGAUGAUAUCUUAGAUGAAUGUUCAAUAGAGUCCAAUCGUCUACACAGUGAGCAGUGCUUAACUCGUCUUGAUCCUGUGACAAUUAUGUUUCGUCGGGACAUCGGUAAGAGGAUGAAAGAGAUGGUUGACAGGUUUCGUCAAAUUGAUGAAGAAAGGAGAAGGUUUGAAUUGCGUGGAAGAGUUCCAGAGAGGCAACAAGAAGAUGAAGCAUGGCGCCAGACAUGUUCUGGUAUCACUGAGCACAACAUCUAUGGAAGGGAGCAAGACACAGAAAAUAUUCUGGAGUUUCUUUCAAGGAGUGCUGAUAGCAGUAACGACCUCUCUGUUUAUCCAAUUGUUGGCAUGGGUGGCCUUGGAAAAACAACACUUGUCCGAUGGGUUUACAACGACAAGAAGGUAAUUGAACAUUUCCAUAUGAGAAUUUGGGUUUGUGUUUCCACUGAAUUCAAUACCAUGAGAAUUCUAGAGUCCAUUGUGGAAUCUACAAGUGGACAUAACCCGAACCUAUCUACUUUAGAAGCACUGAAAAACAAAGUUCAAGAAAUACUGCUAGGCAAAAGGUAUUUACUUGUUCUAGACGAUAUGUGGAGCACGGACAAAUGGGAGGACUUGAAGUCUGUUUUGCUUUGCGGAGGUGGAACAAAAGGUGCUGCAGUUUUGGUUACUACCCGAGUUGAGAGUGUUGCAUCUGUCAUGGGAACAUGCCCUGCUCAUCGCUUGUCACCAUUAUCGGAGGAUGACAAUUGGUUAUUGUUCAAAUACCAUGCAUUUGGAUCAGACAAAGUGGAGCGCACAGAGCUUGUGGCAAUAGGCAAGGAGAUUGUAAAGAAAUGUGGUGGUUCCCCUCUUGCAUCUAAAGCACUUGGAAGCCUUUUGCGCAAUAAAAAGGAGGAAAUACAGUGGGUGAAUGUAUUGGAGAGUAAGUUUUGGGACAUACUUGAGGAUGAUGCUAUUAUUGUACGUGCUUUGAAAAUCAGCUACUUCAAUUUGAAGUUGUCAUUAAGACAAUGCUUUGCUUUUUGUGCCAUUUUCCCCGAAGAUUUUCGAAUGGAAAAGGAGCAACUUAUUCAUCUUUGGAUUGCCAAUGGCUUGAUCAAAUCCAAAGGGAGGUUGGAGAUUGAGGAUGUUGGUAAUGAGGCUUGGGAGGAAUUAUGUCAGAGGUCAUUUUUCCAAGAAGUUGAGAUUGAUGAAUUGGGAAGAACUACAUUCAAGAUGCAUGAUUUAUUUCAUGAACUUGCCCAAUCUAUAAUGGGAGAAGAGUGCAGAGUUUAUGAUGAGUCUGCAAGCUUGACCAAUUUGUCUACAAGGGUCCACCAUGUCACUUGUUUAAAACCAGAGGCGGAGGUAAACAUGGAUCCCUUCAAGAAAGCUGAGUCCUUGAGGAGUAUGAUUAAUCUUCUUCCAUUAGAUGAUCACAAUCUUUGUGGUUUGCCACCAUUCAAUUCUCUCCGUGCACUACGUACGAAUGCUUCUCAACUCUCAGCACUGAAGAGUUUAACGCAUUUGAGGUACCUAAAUCUGCGUAGGAGCGGUAUCACAACACUGCCUGAAUGUGUUUCGAGGUUACAAAAAUUGCAGAUUCUGAAGUUAGAAGACUGUCUAAAUCUUUCUUGUUUGCCCAAACACUUAACACAAUUGAAGGAUCUUAGACAUCUCCUAAUUGAAGAGUGUCAUUCAUUAGUAGAGAUGCCUUCGAAUAUCGGCGAGUUGAAAUGUUUGAGAACAUUGAAUCUUUUUAUUGUGGAUAAAAAGGAAGGGCAUGGGUUAUCAGAGUUGCGUGAUUUACAGCUUGGAGGCAAACUACGCAUCAAGGGGCUUGAAAAUGUCUUAAAUGAGGGUGAUGCUAGAGAUGCUAAUUUGAGUGCUAAGAAGAACUUGGAAAAGUUAUACCUGUCAUGGGACUCCUCUGAUUCAAGGCGUGUUGCCAAUGCUGAGAGAAUACUUGAAGCCCUUGAGCCUCCCUCCAAUCUCAAGAGUUUUGGGAUGAAUGGUUACAGCGGAGUAGAGUUGCCUAGCUGGAUGCAAAAUACUUCAAUUCUUUCCAGCUUAGUUAUGGUGAUACUCUAUGAUUGCAAGAACUGCAAGCACCUUCCUCCGCUGGGUAAAUUACCACAUUUAACUGUUCUUUAUGUAUCUGGAAUGAAAGAUGUGAAGUACAUUGAUGAUGACUCUUAUGAUGGCGUGAAUCAGAAGGCUUUUAAGUCGUUGAAGUACCUG